AUGAGACCCAAGCGUGGAAAGGACCGAGGUGUAAGCUGCCGUGUGCACAUACACUUGUGCACGCCCACGAAAGUCUAUUCCUUGAAUAAAGCGCUUUGGGCUUGCCGUGUGUACGUAGGAAGGAUUAAUUUCUCAACCCCCUGUCUUUUUCUUUCUCUCUCUCUCCCAGUCGCGGUUGCCCAGAGGGUGAAGGUUCGCGAUGAGGUCACGGGCUACGUGGGGCAGGAAGUCACCCUCCCCUGCAACUUCGCCAGCACCAGCCCGGACAUCAAGGUCAGCCAGGUCACCUGGGUGAAGGAGACGGGCACGAAGAAGCAGAACGUGGCUGUGUACCACCCAGACCAUGGGCCCAGCUACCCGAUGGGCAGCGGGCGCAUCCGCUUCCGGGCUCAGUCCCUGCAGGACGCCACCCUGGUCAUCGGGCCCCUGCGCAUGAACGACGAGGGCACCUACACCUGCGAGUUUGCCACGUACCCCCUGGGCAACGAGGAUGGCGUCACCCGUCUGACAAUACUGGCCAAGCCCAAAAACUUUGCAGAGGCCCUGGAGGUGAAGACCGGGAACAUAGAGGUGCCUGUGGCCACCUGCACCUCGUCCAACGGGAAGCCAGCCGCUCAGGUCACAUGGCAGUCGGGGCUGAAUGGCAACUUCACCACUUCGGAGGUGACCAACACGAACGGCACGGUGACCGUCACCAGCCACUACAUGAUGGUGCCCACCAAGGAGGCCAACAAUCAGCGUAUCUUCUGCCACGUCGAGCAAAAGACCCUGGCGCAGCCGGAGGCACUCCCGGUCACGCUGACCAUAUUAUACCCCCCCGAAGUCACCAUUCAAGGCUACGACAACAACUGGUAUCUGAGCCGCGAGGAGGCCAUGCUGACCUGUAGCGCCACGGGGAACCCGCCGCCCACCAACAUCAGCUGGGCCACGUCUAGCGGUCCCCUUCCAAGGAACGUGGCCGUCCAGGGGGAGAAGCUCGUGGUACAAAACGUGGACGCCUCCGUGAACACCACUUUUAUCUGUCACGCCAUCAACAAGGUCGGGAGAGCCUCAACCGAACAAUUAAUCUUCGUACGAGACCAGCCGGCGGAGAGGCAGAGCGGCAGCGCCGGAGCCGUGGCAGGGGCCGUCGUAGGGGGAAUCCUGGCCCUGACCCUCCUGGGGGCCCUGGUGGUCGUCUUCGUGCUGCGCCGGCGCCGCCUCCGGGACACCAAGGGCUCCUAUGACCCCAAGACCCGGGUCUUCGGGAACGGGACCGCCCCGCCUCCGGUCCGCAGCUUUGCCGAACUCGACCGGCCUCUCAAAGCUGCUCCGGGACGGGGGAGGGAGGAGGAAGAAGAAGAGGAGGAGGAGGAGGAGGAAGAAGAGAUGCGCAAAGAUCGUCGCUUGCCCUACGGCUACCCUUCCCGCCGCCUGGACAACGAAGAGGAGCAGUUCGACCAGCUGGGGCCGAUGUUGCGGCUGGGCUCCUCGCCCCGCGGUUACGAAUACGACGACAUGGAGUCCCAGCACGACGGCUCCAUCAUAUCCAAGACUGCUGUCUAUGUCCUGGAAGGCCCUCCAGCCUACAAACCGCCUCCGCCCGGCCCGAUGGCUGAGGAAAAGGAGCCGGUUCCCAACCCCCCCGAGGCUGACAGUAUCCCGCUCAAAACUCCCUAUUUUGAACCCAGCGCCACAGACGAUCCCUUUGGAGGGCUUAUCACCACCAGCAGAAUGGAGGAGACCCCCCGAUACCACGAGCUGCCGACUAUGGAGGAGCGGGAGGCCGUCGGCCACGCUGCCCCCAGCCCGGGGGACAGCUAUCUGGAUCAGGUCAACCCCAUCUACGACGCCCUCUCCUUCGCCGCCACGGAAGAAGAGGCAGCCGUGGCGGGCCUGGCCACCGACAAGGCCUUCAUCAUGUCCAGAGCCAUGUACGUCUGAGCCUGGCUCCCACGCCCUCUGUUUCCACGCCGGAGGGAGGGACGCACGCCGCCGGUGGACACUCCUGUCUCGGUCCCGAAGAAACGCUGCUGCUGUUUCAACACCACACUCCGGCGAGGAGCCUCCCUCGGUCCCCUCGCUUCACAUGUGCCUUAGACGGACAUGAGCUAACCUUGGUCUCUCAAUUCUCUCUCCCCCUUCCUCAGCCGGGCCAGAGCUGGGGACCCCUUCCCCCUCCCCUUUCCCGAAGCGGGCCAACGAUUCCCGUUGCCUCUUCCGCGCCAAAGCUCGGGUUCCGGAUCUUUUGGAACAGACGUCGCCGCCGUGGCAGCUUCCAUUUCCUGUCCGACCCCCAAGUCCUGUACGUUGUCCUUCCCAAAACGUCCCGACGCUGAGCCCACCAGUAUCUUUGACCUCUGGCCGCUUUAGUCUGUUCGCAAAGAGACCGGAGCCCUCUAAGCUUGUCCCCAGCGUACGGAGGCUCUCGGGCCGGGUACGAGACUCUCUGGCCGCUGGUAUCCCCUCGGGGAUCCAGCCGGGCAGGCUCCUGUUAGAAGGAAGCUGGGAGAAGAGGGGUCGAUGGGGCAGAGGUGCCUGAUCGGUGCCAGCUUGACCUCUCCUGCCUGAAGAUUGUCAAGUUGUCUAGGGGUUGGGAAAUCUCUGUUUCCAGACCGUGCCACUUCUGCCUGCAGGCGGGAGUGAAAGUAAGCCGGGUCUGAGUAGCGGUAAGAAGGUGGCCAAAGUGGGUACCUUCCAUCUUCUGCUUCGAGCCCCCCCCC